CAUAAUUAUGGCGGCUGAGAAGUUGUAAUUUGUGAAAACGAGACAUUUCAAGCGUUGAUCUUAUUCUUAUGGUAGGAUGACACCUUUUGUCGAAGGAUGGGAUUUUGUAGAGACGCUGGGUGAAGGUGCUUAUGGCGAGUAAGUGUCGUGAAUCCUGAAUUUGUUGUUAUUGUGAAUGAUAUAGAUGAAUGACUACUUGUCUUCGAUUCUUCAAUGUUCUAUAUUUAGAGUAAAACUAGCAGUGAACAGAGAAACGGAGCAGGCGAUUGCUGUGAAAAUUAUCGAUGUAGAGAAAGCUGCUGAUUGCUACGAUAAUGUCAGGAAAGAGGUGAGUGGGGUUUAUCGAAACCGAGACAAUGGAUGUGAGAGAUCAUAGAGAAAAUCGCUGCAGUAGUAACCUCUGUAGAAGCACGUGCAUUAAAAUACAUAUCAUUUACAAAUUGACUUAUUGUGUCGGCAGAUUUGUAUUCAUCGCAUGCUCCAAGAUGUUCACGUUAUUCGGUUUUACGGACAAAGAACUGAAGGGAAGAAACAGUAUCUGUUUCUGGAGUGCGCCGGCGGUGGAGAAUUAUUUGACAGAAUAGGUUAGCUAAAUAAGAUCAUGUAAAUUACAGAAUGUGAUUUUUGCUUACUAACAUGUUCUUCACCGAUGCGGGGUAAUCUUUUCCUUUAAGAGCUUCUCCUUCUCCAGUGCAAUUGUCAAAAUAAGCACAUGCAAUCAUGUGUAGCUGUGGGAAUGAGAAUAUUUAGAGAGAGUACAAGUUAGGGGGAGUGGCACGGUAAGGUUGGGGGAAGGAGCAAGAGGGCUCUGCCUCUCCCUUUUUGAGAUUUCAAAUUUUUUUCCUUUUUAAUGCAGAAGAUUUUUAGCAGAUUUUAGUGUUUUGUUGGUACAGAGUGAGGUUUUGAUUUCUUUCCAUCUGGUCUCUUUCUUAAUUUUCUGGACUUUCUCCUUGGUAGACUUCUCAAUUAUUUAGAAACAACAGCUUACAUUGAAGUUAAACUGUCAAAUGUCACAUGGAAAAUCUCCUUAAAUGGAUAUGAGGUUCUUGUAACCGGCCCUUCUCUAGGACAGACAUGUAAAGGCUGUUUUGAUCAUGUCUGUCUCACUGAGUUGACUUGAUUCAUGUACUGUAACAUCAAAAAUUGAGUACAUCAAAAGUCCUUCAGAAUUUAUGCAAGAGUGAGUCCUGCCUUAAAUGUAAAGUGGAGGGGCCAAGUAAAUGUGUUCUUUCUUCUGGUAGUGUUUGUAAAAAAAACUAACCAACACGUACUUGAUCAGAUACAGUGUGAGUAACAAGAUGUCCAUUUUUCCUCCAUAGAACCUGAUGUUGGAAUGCCUCUUUCACAAGCUCAUCGCUACUUCAGGCAGCUUAUUGAGGGCGUGGUAUGAUGGCGUUGUAUGUUAGAUAACUUGUACCGCUAGUGCCAAGUUCAGGAUUAUGUGCAUGGAAUUCUUAGACAUUGUGAAUGACUAAGUAUUGUCUUUCUUUAAUCUCAAGUCUGAGGCAUAUCGGUAUAAAGGAAAAGGACUAAGUCUCCAUCUGGUAUGGAGUACACUGAUGUUAGGGUGUGAUGGGUUAAGUUAUUACCAGACUUUUGAGAUGUUUUCUUUCUCCGCAUGUCACAUACAGGAGUAUCUUCACAAGCAAGGUGUCACACACAGAGACAUAAAGCCUGAGAACCUUCUGUUGGAUGCUGAUGGUAAGAGAAAGUCAAACAAUUGUUCAAAUCAUACCAAAUUUCAAACAUAUUGCUGUACUAAAUGAUUCACCUUAUCUGUCUGUUUUCUGUAUUAUAAAAGAUAAUUUAAAGAUCACUGAUUUUGGCUUGUCAACGGUAUUCCGACAUAAAGGAAAGGAACGUCUACUAGGAAAAUGUUGUGGGACACCUCCCUAUGUUGCUCCUGAGGUAGGAAUAACACUUAAAGCUUUUUACUAAUCUUCAUUUCUCAUUACAUGUAAUCAAACUGUGGCCCUGGUAGUUUCUGCCCUGAGAUCAGUAGGGUGUUGUCGUCUGGGUCUUUGUGGGAUUAUUGUGCUGGGCUCAAUCUUUUUAAAAUUUAAUUUUAGGAUUAGGAACAUUUUGUCUGAAAUCAUAUAUGGUUGUAGAUAAAUCUAGAGUGCUCAUGCAUUCUUAGAUAAAUUUCAUGUUGUGCAAGUCCAAAAGGGACAAAACAAUGCACAGACAGGAGCAAAGAAGAUUGGUAGACACACUCAACUUUCACAGUGACUGAGUGAUUGACCAAGUCUACUCAGGGGUAAAAAUUGAUUCUUUCAAAUAGUUCAAAAAAUUGUGAAGAACAGGGCAGCCUGUGAUGGAUUAGCAUUCCAUCCAGAUGGAGUGAUCAUAUACAUGUACUUAUGUACAUGUGUACUGUUCUUCCAUGUGACAAGAAUUGGGACAAAGUCAACAGUAAUCUGGGUUACUUAAGUUAAGGUGUGUCUCUCUGUAGGUUCUUUUAAAGGGUGAAUAUAGAGCUGAGCCUGCAGACAUUUGGUCCUGUGGUAUUGUUCUUGUGGCAAUGUUGGCAGGAGGUAAGUAGUCACUUCUUAUUUUUUAGGGUUGAUAAAAUUAAUUUUCAAUUAUUUAAAAAUAUUGUCUAGAGAAAAGGGAAUAAACCUCAGGACAGUUGAUUGGACCACUCAACAAACACUUACUGGAAAUUAAAAGCCUUCUUUUGUAAUAUGAAAAUAUAAUAAUGCACUUUAUGCUGCUUCACUGCAGGUGUAAAUCAAUGUCCUUAACAUAAUAUGCGAGGGUUUCUAUAACUUUUAACAUGAGCCAUGGCUGAUGGUGUGAUAGGCACAUGUGCUUAAAAGGUGCCGUAAGGCAAAAUCCAACUUGUAAGCUACACAGGCAGUGGUAAGAGGUUUUAUAGGCAGCAGUAGACCACCAGUAACAAGCUUUUCAUGAAACCCUAUAAAUAAUUCUGUAAGAAGUCAGUAUCUUUAUGAAUGUAUUUGAAUUUUUUAUCAAAAAUAGAGCUUCCAUGGGAUGAACCAACAAAAUCAAACAAAGAGUAUAAUGACUGGCUCAAUGGCAGAGUAAACAGGACACCUUGGUGCAAAAUGGACCCACAGUCAUUAGGUUUGUUCAUUUUUAUUAUGAAGUUACAAAUUCAAAUGUGGAAGUAAAAGUUAUGCAUAAACACAUGUGUGGAAAAUGUAGUGGUGGAGGUUAACUCUUUAACUUCUGUGAAUGAUCAACACAGAAUUUCUCCUUACAGUAUCAAUACAAUAUCAACUGGAUAACUGAUGAUAAUAAAGAAAAAUAUCAAUUUGGCUGAAAAAUCAAGGGAUUGUUCUUGCUCUGAGCCUUUCAAUUAGUUGAUCCAAUACUAAAUUCUCUGAACUAAUAUUAUAAGAAUUGUAUGGUUGACAGUAAGGAGAAUUUCAAAUGUGAUCUGGGAAUUAAAGGGUCAAGAGCAUGGGUGAAAGUAACUGAAUGGUAAUAAGAAAGCUAGAACUGGAGUCAUUAUCAGAGAUGAGGGUUGUUCUUAAGUUGGAUUUUAAACAUUUGUUCUUGUUAAUUGUGUAGUCAUUUGUUCUGUGAUGUGAUUAGCUUUUUGGUUAAAGUAUUAUUGGUAAUAAAUAUGUGAUUGGUCAGUCUCUAUUCACUGAUAAAGUACAGUAAGUUUUUCUUUUCAGUUCCUUGUUAUUGAUCAUGUUAGUCCCUCACUUGUGACAAGACAAAAAACAUCUUUCUCUAUUUCUUUAUUGAGCUUAAAACUUACAAUCUCUCUUGUUCUAUUUACAAGACAUGACAUUAUUGAAAUUGCUGAUCCUAGCAGUAUGCUGGAUGCAUUUCUUAUUGGAACUUUGUAAUGGGCUUAGAGCAUGGGAGCAUGGAAUCUGAAGGUCUGAGGUUCAAUUCCUCAUGGAGACUCAGAAUUUUUCUUUGUCCCACGCUUGUGACAAGACGAAAAACAUCUUUGUUUAAGUUAUCCUUUGUAGGUUGGUGUCCUCUGUUGACAACUGCAUGUAUACCUUUCUUUUACCUGUAGAUUUCUUGUCAGAAAUUCUUGUGGAAAAUGCUCAAAGGAGGUUAACAAUACCACAAAUAAAGAAAGAACGAUGGUUUUCUAGGUAAGGCUGUCUGUAUGAUUUGCUUUUAUGCUUUAAUCCUUCAAUCCUUACAAGUGACCAGCAUCAAAUUUCUCCUUACAAUAUCACCUUUGAAUCAAACAUUAGGAAUAUGAGAAAAUGGGAAAUGAUCCCAAAUAAAGAUGCUCUUGAUUAUCAAACAAAUUCUCCCUGUUAGUGCCAUAGGAAAUGUUAAGGUAACAGUAUGGAGAACAUGAAUAUUGAUGUUGGGGAGCAAAGGGUUAAAUUCCUCAAGUUUAAAUGAACAUCUUGCGAAAUGUAAACUGAAUUUAUUGAAUUAUUUUUCAAUUUAUUUUACCUCUAGAUCAAUAAGUACAUCAAGAAGUCCAAGAGAUGGUUAGUGAAUGUCCUUAAAAUUUUUAAUAUUUCUGACCAGAUUUAUCUCACUAGUGAAAUUGCUUUGAGUUAGCAAGAGGUUAGAGUUAUCAAGAGUUUGAGUUAUUGGGAUUCAAAUGUGUAAAUCUUUCUGUUUUUAAGGGUGUUCUCCAGGGAACACACCCACAGGUACAGGAACAUUUAAGAGAAGAUGCACUGAAGCAGAUGUUUCUUCUCCACAACGACCAAAAAGAUACAAGUGAGUGCUGUGCUGUGACUAGCCAUAUCAUUAUAUUCCUACUUUGUCCUUGGUAAAUAUUUUUCCAGACAGAUGUGCAGCAUUUAUGCUAAAAGCAAUGAUUAGCAUGGCAAAUUUUUGAUCAAGAAGUUUGGAUGUGAGCUCUCACCUGGAUACUCAUAAUGUGCAUGUGUUUUAGGCAAAACACUUUCUGUCAUUUGAAAAACUUCUUUGCACUAAGUUGUUCAAAGUACGAUCAAUACUAAUGCAGAUCUCACUGCCGUGGCAAGAUACAUGUGUAGUUUUUCUGGACAGCUUUACUAUUAGCUUAGGGCAACCAAGCCCACAAGUAUAAAAAGGUUCUAACAACUGUCACUGAAAAUAAACUCUGUGUCAUAAAAUUUGUGGUUUCUCACAUUUCCAAAAUCCAGAUAAGCUUCUUUUGUGAGUGUUCUGUGAACUAGGCUUGCAAGACUUUCCCUUACAUUCUUUAGGGAUCACAUAUCUGCCUCUCAGCCUGAGCCCCGCAGACUGGACAGUGGUAUUGGGAGUGGUGCAUUGGAGCUUGUUGAUGACGAGGCGACAGUGAAUGGAUUGUGUUUCUCACAGCCUGUCCAUCUGGAUCACAUGUUACUAAGCACACAGAUGCAGUCUACUCCUGGAACAUCACAGGUGAAAAUAAAAUGUUUUUUACAUAUUACAUUUGUCUAAUCUGAUGUUUUUCAGUAGCAGCCAAUGCAAACACCUCUUUAAUUAGAGACCUUGAACAAGUACCUUCACAUGAGUAAUAAUACUAUAUGGUUAAAAGUUACCCUGCGGGCACAAAUCAGUCAAGGCAAAAGUUAUAUUUUUAACAACCAGAUGACAAUAAUGAUUUAAAUGAGUACACAUUUCUUUACUGCUCCCUUUUAGAGUCCAUUCCAGAGUCUGGUUAAGCGUAUGACUCGUUUCCACACAAAGAGGAGUGCAGACAAGACACUUCACAAGUUAAAGGAAGUCUUGGACAAACUUAAAUAUAGCUUUACUGUGAAUUCUCCUCGUCAGGUAAAGAGAUACACCUUAACCCUUUAAACGCUAACAUCAGCAUGCAUAUUCUCCAUACUGUUCUCAAUACAAUUCUUGAGGUGCUAACAGAAGAAUUUUUUUAACAAUCAAGAGGUUUUUAGUCAGUGAUCAUUUCCUUUAAUUUCUUGACCUUGAUGUGUGAUUCAGGGCUGAUAUUGUAGGGAGAAAUUAGAUGCUGGGUGAUGUUAGGCAUCAAAGGGUUUGAUCAUCUUGCAAGAUAGUGUAAGAAAGAAUAAUGUUAGACCUGCAAAGCACAAUUUUGAAAUGUUUUACUGAUCAAGACUCUUGAUGGGAAAUUUCUUAUCUUUUCCUGUACAGUAGGAAGAAUGUGUUCAUAGGAAAAAAAUCAACUUAAACAAUUUCCUUUUCUUUAAUACACUGUAGGUCACAAUAUUAACAACUGACAGACGACAAAAUAAACUGAGUGUUAAAGUGAACCUCAUUGAUAUGCAUCCUUCUCUGUUGGUGGACUUCAGAUUAUCCAAGGUAAAUAAAUUUGAUAUUUUAGAAUUAAGAAAAAUGAAUACAAUGAGAACUAUUUUUAGAUUUGUAAAAAUUUUGGUUCUAUGUGGCAAAUGGUAAGAGGAUGGUACACUAUACUAUCAGCUAAUUUGAACUCCUGCUAACUCCAACUUAUGUUUCCAUUGGAAGUUUGAGUUAUGAGGGGUUCUACUGUUACAGUACUACAACAUUCUGUGGCUAACUCUGGACAUUUUUUCCUCUCAGGGUGAUGGUUUAGAUUUCAAGCGUCACUUCCUGAAGAUUAAGGCUCAACUAAAGGACAUUAUUGACAGGUAGCAGGUGAAAUUACUGUGGAUGCCACAAGACAAUGGGUGCAUUUAAGGACUCUCUUGUGCCAAAACACAUCCCAGCAUGUACUGUUCCCUGUGAACUACUAAGAGCCCUCAUUGUUGUUGUUCCUGUUUUUUUUUUAGCUUAAUUAAACAAAUAUAUUUAAAAAGAUAACUAAGGGAUUUAUACAAAAUAAAAAAUGAAAGAGUUAGAGAUAUACCUGUUCCUGUUCAAAAGAAAUUUUCUAUAACUUACAUAAGACCAUGUUUUGUACAUGUAUUUAAUCACAUGCAAAGAUGGAAGCAUUUAAAUUGUAUUCAUAUGGGUUUGGGGUAAGGUUGCUUAAGUCUAAAU